CACCAGGCUCAGAACAGUUCAGCAUCCUUCCUGUAGGCAGCAGGCAGGCAGUCAACAGAACAGAGACAUUUUGUCUCCCAGCACUCAAUGCAAAACACUUCUUGUUUUAUCAAACCCUUCCUGGACCCCAGGCUAUAGCAGGGUUUCUAGGCUAUACUGUAAUAUUCCCUCUAGCGGUCGUGAUGUUCUUUCUACCUUGAGUCUUCUUCCUGCUUGGAGGGAGGAAGGGAGAAAAGAAGGGAAGUAUGCUGGCAGCUGGUCUGUGACAGUCAGACAGACCGAGAGAGAGAGAGAGAGAGAGAGAAAGAGAGACAGAGCUGGAGGACAGACAAUUAACAGAAGAGGAGAGCAGAGCAAACAAGCUUCUUAAACCGGACAGGGCAUUAAAGAGGUGUUGCUAUACCCGUCUCCCAGGCCCUGUGUUUGGGCCCGUUUUGAGAGGCGAUCCGAGCAGGCUGGUCCCAGGCAGGAGGCACCGUCUCCUGGACUCUGUGUUUGGGCUCGUUUUGAGAGGCGCUCCGAGCAGGCUGGUCUCAGGCAGGAGGCACCAUGUCCGGAGCCUCUGUGAAGGUGGCGGUGCGGGUCCGCCCCUUCAACUCCAGAGAGAUGGGGAAGGACAGCAAAUGCAUCAUCCAGAUGUCAGGAAACACAACCACCAUCCUGAACCCCAAGCAGCCUAAAGAGAAUAAGAGCUUCAACUUUGAUUACUCCUACUGGUCACAUACCUCGCCCGAGGACAUCAACUUUGCUGGCCAGCAGCAGGUGUACAAGGACAUUGGUGAGGAGAUGCUGCUCCAUGCCUUCGAGGGAUACAACGUCUGUAUCUUUGCCUAUGGCCAGACCGGAUCUGGGAAGUCCUACACCAUGAUGGGCAAGCCGGACUUGAAGAACCAGGAAGGAAUUAUCCCUCUGAUGUGUGAAGACCUUUUCACCAAAUUCAAGGACUGUAAUAAUGACAACACCAAGUCCUACUCUGUGGAGGUGAGCUAUAUGGAAAUCUACUGUGAGCGUGUGCGUGACCUCCUGAACCCUAAGAAUAAGGGGAACCUGCGUGUGAGGGAACACCCCCUGAUGGGGCCCUACGUAGAGGACCUAUCCAAGCUGGCCGUCACCUCCUACAACGACAUCCAGGACCUCAUGGACUCUGGAAACAAGGCCAGGACGGUGGCCGCCACCAACAUGAACGAGACCAGCAGUCGCUCCCACGCCGUGUUCAACAUUAUCUUCACGCAGAAACGCCUCGACGCUGAGACUGAUAACACCUCAGAGAAGGUCAGCAAAAUCAGCCUGGUGGAUUUGGCCGGCAGCGAGAGGGCAGACUCCACAGGCGCCAAGGGGACCCGGCUCAAGGAAGGAGCGAACAUCAACAAAUCACUGACCACACUGGGGAAAGUAAUCUCUGCUUUGGCCGAAGUGGAUUCUGCACAAAAUAAGAACAAGAAGAAAAAGAAAGUGGAGAGUCACAUCCCUUACAGAGAUUCUGUGUUGACCUGGCUAUUGAGAGAGAACUUAGGGGGAAACUCUCGUACUGCCAUGGUUGCUGCUCUCAGUCCAGCUGACAUCAACUAUGACGAGACUCUCAGCACACUCAGGUACGCAGACCGAGCCAAACAGAUUCGCUGUAAUGCUGUGAUCAACGAGGACCCGAACAAUCGAUUGGUUCGUGAGCUGAAGGAGGAGGUGGGCCGUCUGAGGGACUUGCUCCUAUCCCAGGGCUUGGGAGACAUCCUUGAGAUGACCAAUGCCACGACGGGGAUGAGCCCCUCCCCCUCUCUGUCCGCCCUGUCCAGUCGAGCCGGAUCCAUCGCCAGCCUCCACGACCGCAUCAUGUUCAGCCCCGGAAGCGAGGAGGCCAUCGAGAGACUCAAGGAAACAGAGAAGAUCAUUGCUGAGCUCAACGAGACCUGGGAGGAGAAACUGCGCAGAACAGAAGCCAUCAGAAUGGAAAGAGAGGCCCUGCUGGCUGAGAUGGGUGUGGCUAUGAGGGAAGACGGAGGAACCGUGGGCGUGUUCUCCCCCAAGAAGACUCCUCACCUGGUGAACCUCAACGAGGACCCCCUGAUGUCAGAGUGCCUGCUGUACUACAUCAAAGAUGGCGACACCAAGGUCGGUCGUGUGGACGCCAGCAGCAGGCAGGACAUUGUCCUCAGUGGUCACUUCAUCAAGGACGAACACUGUACAUUUACCUCUACAACGGGACCCAUUGGAGAAGCAGUCACCCUGGAGCCCUGUGAGGGAGCUGAGACCUACGUCAAUGGGAAGAGGGUCACCGAGGCUACAGUCCUCAAAUCAGGGAACCGUAUUAUUCUGGGUAAGAGCCACGUGUUCCGGUUCAACCACCCAGAGCAGGCGCGCCAGGAGCGGGAGAAAAUGCCCUGUGCUGAGACCCCCGUGGAGCCGGUAGAUUGGGCCUUCGCACAGAGAGAACUGCUGGACAAACAGGGCAUCGACAUGAAGCAGGAGAUGGACCAGAGGCUUCAGGAGCUGGAAGACCAGUACCGUAAAGAGAGAGAAGAGACACACAACCUACUGGAACAGCAGAGGAUGGAUUAUGAGAGCAAACUGGAAGCCCUUCAGAAACAGGUGGACCGAUAUUACCCUGAGGUAGUAGGAGAGGAAGAGGAAGAGCCUGAGGAGGAAGUGCAGUGGACGGAGAGGGAGGCGGAGCUAGCGCUGUGGGGUUUCAGGAAGUGGCGCUGUUACCAGUUCACCUCCCUCAGAGACCAGCUGUGGGGAAACGCCAUCUUCCUCAAGGAGGCUAACGCCAUCAGCGUGGAACUCAAGAAGAAGGUCCAGUUCCAGUUUGUGCUGCUGACCGACACCCUGUACUCCCCCCUGCCCACUGACCUGCUGCCCCCUGAGGCAGCCAAGGACAGAGCGACCCGCCCGUUCCCCAGGACCAUUGUAGCUGUGGAGGUUCAGGACCAUAAGAAUGGGGCCACCCACUGCUGGACCCUGGAGAAACUCAGGCAGCGUCUGGACCUGAUGAGAGAGAUGUAUGACAGAGCAGCAGAGGUUCCCAACAGCACCAUGGAAGACUGUGAGAACGUCAUGACUGGAGGAGACCCCUUCUACGACCGCUUCCCCUGGUUCCGUCUGGUCGGCAGCAACCCCCUUUUCAACGUGUGCAUGAGCGAGCGCAUGAGUGAUCCCACUCCCUCCCCCACUCCUUCUCCCACCCUCUCCACCUCCGAGCUAACUGAGCUGGCCGACACUCGGCCGGAGGGGCGAGGAGGGGAGGAGGAGUUGGAGGCUUUGGGGGAUCUGGACGAUGAUAUCUUUUUGGACGACCCGUUCUCGGAGCUCGAUGAUGAUGAUGAUGAUGAUGAGGGAGAGCUGUGCCGAAGCGACUCCAGCGAAGGCCUGGAUCCCUUUUAUGACCGCUCUCCGUUAUUCAGUGUAGUGGGAAGAGCCUUUGUGUACCUGAGUAACCUGCUGUACCCUGUGCCCCUGGUCCAUCGUGUGGCCGUCAUCAGUGAGAAGGGAGAGGUGAAAGGAUUUCUCCGGGUGGCUGUACAGGCAAUCUCAGGUGUUUUGUGUUUCCCUCCAGCCGAUGAGGAGGCUCCUGACUACGGCUCCGGUGUCCGUCAGUCUGGCACUGCCAAGAUCUCCUUCGAGGACCGGGAGUUUGAGAAGUUCCAGGCUGAGUCGUGCCCCACUGGUCUAUCCCGUACCGGGGAGUCCCAGGAAGAGCUGCGUUUCGUGGAAGGGGAGGGACAGAACUCAGGGAUGGAACCCUCGGCCGAUGAGGUCAACAACAACAAUUGUGCGGCCAGUCCAGAUGAGUUGGAGAGCCCCCUGAAGACCAACCUGGAGGGAGGAGCUCUGGACGGAGCCCUGGAACACCUGAGGAUAGGUAGCAUCUUCACCUUCAGAGUGACGGUCCUCCAGGCCUCCAGCAUCUCCGCAGAGUACGCUGACAUCUUCUGCCAGUUCAAUUUCAUCCACUGUCACGAUGAGGCCUUUUCCACAGAGCCUCUGAAGAACACAGGACGAGGCCCUCCUCUGGGCUUCUACCACGUACAAAACAUUGCUGUAGAGGUCACCAAAUCCUUUGUGGACUAUAUCAAGACCCAGCCUAUGGUGUUUGAGGUGUUUGGUCACUACCAGAAACAGCCCUUCCCUGCUCUGUGCAAGGACCUGAUCAGCAGCCCUCUGCGUCCCUGCAGAAGGCAGUUCCCCAAAGUCAUGCCCCUGUCCAAACCAGUCCCUGCCACCAAGCUGACUACCCUGAUGCGCCCUUCAGCCGGGCCCUGCCACUGCAAGUAUGACCUCAUGGUGUUCUUUGAGAUCUGCGAACUGGAGGCCAGUGGAGACUACGUCCCAGCAGGAGUGGACCACAGAGGAGGCAUGCCUUGCCAUGGGACAUUCAUGCUGCACCAGGGUAUCCAGAGGCGCGUCACUGUGACCAUCGUUCAUGAGACAGGUGGAGACAUCGAGUGGAAGGAUGUCCGGGAACUGGUUGUGGGUCGUAUCCGCAACUCUCCCGAGGGGGACGAUGCCAUCAUAGACCCCAACAUCCUGUCACUCAACAUCCUGUCGGCUGGGCAUGUCAAGCCCAUGCAGGAGGACAGACAGUUUCUUGAUUCGGACAUGCCUAGGACAUUCUAUCGCUUCGAGGCUGCCUGGGACAGCGCCAUGCAUAACUCCCUCCUCCUGAACCGGGUCACUCCUUACGGGGAGAAGAUCUACAUGACCUUGUCGGCCUACCUAGAGAUGGAGAACUGCACCCAGCCAACAGUCAUAACCAAAGAUUUCUGCAUGGUGUUCUACUCUCGAGAUGCUAAACUCCCGGCCUCCCGCUCCAUCCGAAACCUGUUUGGCACAGGAAGCCUGAGGGCAGUGGAGGGUAACCGGGUGACAGGUGUGUACGAGGUCAGCCUAUGUCACCUGGCCGAUCAUGGGAGUCCAGGUAUGCAGAGGAGACGUCGACGGGUGCUGGACACCUCGGUGGCGUACGUCCGCGGGGAGGAGAACCUGGCUGGGUGGAGGCCUCGCAGUGACAGCCUCAUCCUGGACCACCAGUGGGAGCUGGAGAAACUCAGCCUCCUGCAGGAGGUGGAGAAGACGAGACACCGCCUGCUCCUGAGGGAGAAGUUAGAGUCCACCCUGCUGCUGGGCCAGGAGGGGUUGUUGUCCUGUGUAGGUGAGGAGCAGAGUGAGUCCCCUCAUCCCUCUGAGGGUCUCAGCCUCAGUCCCACCAUUGAUGCCCCCAAUGAGAGGCAGAGGGAGCUAGCCAUUAAGUGUCUUCGGCUGCUCUCCCACUCCUUCAACAGAGAGUACAGCCACGUGUGUGUCAGCGCCAGUGAAAGCAAGCUGUCUGAGAUGUCAGUGACUCUGCUGAGAGAGUCGACCUCUGCCACGGCCCUCAACACCCUCACCCCCUCCUCGACAUGCCCCUCACUGGUGGAGGGAUGCUACCCCAAGUCCGAAGGGCUCAGAACACCCACGCCUCGUUCCCGCUGCGCCAGCCCCAACCCUGACUGCUCACAACGGGACAGAGAGGUCAAGAUGUCCCCUGGCCCCAGUGGGGUCGCAGCCCCGGAGGUUAAGCCCAGGGAACGCCGCUUCGUACCAGACAUCCAGGAGAUCCGGGUCAGCCCCAUCGUGUCAAAGAAGGGCUACCUGCAUUUCCUGGAGCCUCAUAGCAACGGCUGGGUAAAGCGCUAUGUAGUGGUGAGACGUCCGUACGUCUAUAUCUACAAUACAGAGAGAGACAGCGUGGAGAGAGCCAUCCUCAACCUCUCCUCUGCCCAUGUCGAGUACAGCGAGGACCAGCAGGCCAUGCUUAAGACACCAAACGCGUUUGCUGUGUGUACUGAGCACCGCGGGAUACUGCUCCAAGCCAGCAACGACAAGGAGAUGCACGACUGGCUCUAUGCAUUUAACCCUCUCCUGGCUGGAUCCAUCAGAUCCAAACUAUCCAGAAGAAGAGCUGGACAGAUGAGGAUGUGAAUCACCACGUCUCAUAGACAAGACAAUAGAACACCAAAAGACUAGCCUGUAUAUCGACUCCAGCCGUAAUACUCCUUUCCCUCCUGUGCUGACCCCUUAACCCUCCUACACUAGUAACCGACUUGCUCCUCCUCCUCCUCCUCCUCCUGCACACGCCCAGUUUAUCCCAAGCUGACCACCAGCGUAUCUAAGGCCCUGAGGCCUCCGUCAUCGUUGUGUGUCUGUCAGGCCUGUACCACUGUCUGUCUGUGUUGGCCUUAUUGUCUGGUUUAACCCCUCUCCAAGACUGAGGCCCAAAUACCACCCUAUUCCCUAUAUAGUGCAUUGCUUUUGACCAGGGCCUAUAGGGCUG